AUGACGGGUUCUAGUCCUUAUCCUGGACCAGAUGGAGUUCCUGAGAUUAUUUUAAGCAGGUUCUGCUUUUCUCUGGCGCCCAAGUCUUAUUCUUCGGGUAUUUUCCCUUUCGUGUGGAAGGAAGCUUUCGUUAGGCCAAUCCAUAAGAAAAAAAAUAAAAAUGACGUGUCAAACUAUCGUCCUAUAGUUAAACUGUCGGCAAUUGCUAAGGUUUUUGAGUUGAUGGUAUAUGACAAUAUUUAUUUGAAUUGUAUGCCAUUCAUUAGUGCGUGUCAGCAUGGCUUCUUCAAAAAGAAAUCCACGGUGACUAAUCUAGUGGAAGCCACGACAGCUUUCUCAAAUAAUAUGGAAAAUGGGUAUCAGACGGACGUAAUUUGCACAGACUUUAGCAAAGCCUUUGACAACUUCUUAGCAUGGAUAAAGUCAUAUCUCUCUGGCAGGACUUACAGAGUCGUCUUUCGUUUAGCCAUUUCCUCGCUUCUUUCGUCUAAUUCUGGUGUACCUUAG